CAGAGAUUGACAGACAUACAGCUGAGAGACGGACCUCCUCUGGUGCUGCUGACGAGGGACGAAAUGUGGCUUCGAGACGAGCUUUUGAAAUCCAUCUGGCACGCGUUCACAGCGCUGGACGUGGAUCAACGUGGGAAAGUGUCCAAAUCUCAGUUAAAGGUGCUGUCCCACAGCCUGUGCACAGUGAUGAAUAUCCCUCAUGACCCUGUGGCCCUUGAAGAGCAUUUCAAAGAUGACAAUAAAGGGCCCGUGUCCAACCAGGGCUACAUGCCUUACCUCAACAGGUUUAUUCUAGACAAGGUACAGGAGGAAUUUGAUGUGUUGGAGUUCAACAAGAUGUGCUGGACACUGUGUUACAAGAAAAAUAUCUGCGCUCAACAUCUCCUCAUCUCAGAUGACGAUGCUUUCAAAGUCUGGUGCAUUUUCAACUUUCUGUCAGAAGACAUAUACCCGCUAGUCAUCGUUACUGAAGAGAUUGAGUACUUCCUGAGAAAGCUGAUGGAGGCGAUGGGGAGCGGAUGGAGUGAGGAGAAGUUUGCUGAUUACAAGCUGCAGCUGAACACAAAGAAAAACUGCCUGACUGCCUGGGAGCUCAUUGAACUGGUGGGCAGACGCUACUUCAGCAAGGGCAUGAACCAGCAGACCCUGUCUAUGGGCAUCACUGAGGUCUUCCAGGAACUCAUUCUGGAUGUGCUCAAGCAGGGAUACAUGAUGAAAAAGGGCCACAAAAGGAAGAACUGGACAGAGCGCUGGUUUGUCCUUCGACCCAACGCACUGUCGUACUAUGUCUGUGAGGACCUCUUGGAAAAGAAAGGAGACAUCAUUGUGGACCGAACCUGCUGUGUGGAGUCUCUGCCGGAUAAAGAAGGGAAGAAAUGCCUGUUUAUUAUCAAGUGCACUGAUAAAAGCUUUGAGAUUAGUGCAUCAGAUAAGAAGAAGAAGCAAGAAUGGCUUCAAGCUAUUCAAACAUGCAUCCAGCUGCUGAGGUUGGGGCUGUCAUCUCCUCACCGCGAAGCCAGGCUGAGGCGCAGGGAGCUGCGGCAGAAGCAACAGGCGGAGGAAGACGACCUGGCAGAGAGGAUGAAGCAGCUCCAGGUGGCCAAUGAGAACAAGCAGAGACAGCUGGAGGGUAUGAAGAAGAAAAUAGAAGAGGCUGCAGCUAAAGCAGGAAUGGAGGAGCACAGGAGGAAGCAGAUUCAGUUAGACCUGCAGGAUCGCUACAGACUGGACCUGGAGAGAGAAAAACUGGUGCGUCAGCAGAUGGAGGAGCAGGUGGCUCAGAAAUCCUGUGAGCUGGAGCAGUACCUGCAGCGCGUCCGGGAGCUGGAGGAGAUGCACCACCGGCUGGAGGAGGCCUUAGAGGACGAGAGGCAGGCCAAGCAGGACGAGGAGGCCAUGCGCAAGCUGCAGGCCAGGCUGCUGGAGGAGGAGGCAGCCAAGAGGGCAGAACUGGAGCAGAUCCACCUGCAGCAGCAGAGGGCGCUGUCUCAGACUGAGGCUGAGAAGCAGGAGCUGGUGGCCAAGCAGCUGGCUAAGGAGAGAGACCUGCAGGCAGCCAUGCUGCAGCUGGAGAGUCUGGAGAGGGAACGGCACGGAGCACUGGAGCAGUACGAGAAGAUGUCAAGGAAGCUUGAACGAGCAGCUAACAAGACCAAGACUUGGAAGGACAAGGUGGCCAAACACGAGGGGCUGGUGCGUCUCAUCCAGCCAGGUGAUAAAGGACCUCAGAGAAUCACUAACUGGGGUCCGGCUUCAUUCACCGACGCUGAGCUGGAGCUGAGGAAGAAGUCGUGGCAGGAGAGUAAGAACCAGGGGGCUCAGGCUCAGUGAACACUUGCACACCGAUGAGGGAGACUCUGAACUGUCACAUUCGAGAUCUGAAGAGGGUCGAUUCCAUGAACGGGAUUUGAUUUGGGUUAGUUUUAAAAGAUCAGCUGGGAUUAACUGUUUCUUCUGUAAAAAAAAAUCACAUUUUAAGCAAAAUGUAGUUUGACAAAAUAAUUUUAAAUCAUGGCCCACAGAUUUCAUCUGGAGAUGGAGACUGAGAUUCAGACCUAGAGAUCGUGACCAUCGGCCAUCAUUGGAACUUUAAUUGAGAUUAUUUUAGUUUUAUUAUUUUGUUCAGUUGUUUGUUUUGAUUUUCUAAUUUUAGCCCGUCUUUUUUGACUUCCUGUGCUAAUUCUACUACUUUGCAGUAUAACAGCAGAUUCAUUUCCACUCUAGCUUAGUUUAUUAGCUAAAGUUGAGUCUGUAAAAGUCAUUACUAAGAUGAUAAAAAAUAAAACACCACCUAUUUUUUAUCAAA